AAAAGGCUCUUGAUUUGUGAUCAUAAUCCAUUACAGACUUCUUUUACUUUGCCAGUAUAUCUUCCCUUUCCGAAACACAUAGUAAAAUGUUACUCAUAAACUCCACGGUCGAGCUGGUGACUGUCUGGGCGUCCUCCAGCCCGUUACUUGUGGCCUUCUGCCUCUCCCAUGUCGUCAUCGCCGUCCUCCUCCUCGGCACCCGCGGCCGCACACCUAACGAUAAGGGUCGCGCCAAGGAGCGCAUCACGGGAGGUUCUGAAGUUGAGACGCCCUGUGCUGCUCAAACACAUGGAGGCGAAAGGAAAGAUGGAGAACACCACCAUGACCCCGUCACUGCCACUGCCAUCGGCGGCAGCGACUGCGGCUGCGCAGAACAAUGCUUCGUGGAAGCAGGCGAAGUUGACGCGGCCAGCCGUCGGCCACAGGCAAGAGAAAAGUGUAGUGGACGAGACGGCGUGCACAUUGCUGCUGAUUCGUCAUCAUCAUCAGAGGAGGAGAGACGCGGGGACGAGGAGGACGAACUCAUGAUGAGAGCAGAGGAGUUCAUUCAGAGAAUGAACAGAGUGUGGAGGACGGAGAGUUUGCGCGUUUGCUGAUGCACUGAUGCAGCUUGCUACGUUGAACUUUUGGGAGUUGCAUGCUUAAGUACACCGUAUUAGCGAAUUGUGUUUCUUCUGUUGUUCUAGUCUCGAUGGAGAAUCUUUAAUUCAGGUUAUAUCGAGAACGUCUAAUCCCGGAAGGAGGUAGUACCGCCUAAGAGCAUCUCUAUAAGAUCCCACAUUUUCGCAAAAACUAUAAAA